GUGGCACAGAGGUGUUUAAGAAUAUGGUCUUAAGUAGAGUACACUUGAUGGAAUCCCAAGCCGCGCACAGAGUGAAGGUGAGGAGUGUGGCGGCGCGGGACAGACUCGGCUGCAUAACACGGCGCUGAACCGACAACCGAGGGCCCAGGGAAGCGACGCACUUCAGUCAUGACCUGGUCGAGCGGGAGGGAGUACUACCCGGAUUUCGCUGCGUGUGUGACUGGUUGCUGCUUCUUUUUUAUAACUUGUGAAGCCUCGUCCUGCGCUUCCUAGCAGUGUGUUUUCUUUUCCUCGCUGAGUAGAGGUUGAAGAAGUUACAGCUGUGAAUUUUGGCGGUACCACGCUCCUUGUACACCUAAAAGGAGCCGCCGCCGCCAUGUAUCUGAACGAAACAGGGAUGGAGAACUCAACGCAGGGAGACACAGAUGCCCUGGAGCCACAGUGGGUUCCUAUCGACACUGUGAUCGGCCUCAUCCUUGCCUUCUCCUCCUGUCUCUUCAUCGGUGUGUCAGUCAUCUUCAAGAAACUCGCCCUGAGGGACAUAGAGACCCAGGGCGGGACGCGAGCGGUGGACGGCGGCUACGGGUACCUGAGGCUGCCCAAGUGGUGGCUGGGGAUCUCUCUCAUGGGCCUGGGGGAACUCACCAACUUCGUGGCUUACAUCUUCGCCCCGGCCAUCUUAGUAACGCCUCUGGGUGUGUUCUCCAUCGUGUGCACGGCCGCCCUGUCGCCAUACUUCCUAAAGGAGCGGCUGGGGAAGCUGGGCAAGCUGGGUUGCGUGUUAGUGUUAGUGGGGUGUGUUGUGGUGACUCUGUGCGGGCCCAAGGAUCGGGAGAUUGCCAGCAUGGAGGAGCUUCAAUCCCAGCUACUGCAUCCUGGCUUCCUAGUGUACGCCGGCCUGGUGGUGCUGGUUUCCGCCUUCUUCAUGGCUCUGGUGCCUCGCUACGGCCACCGCUACGUGCUGCUGUACAUCACCAUCUGCUCCUCCUUCGGCUCCCUCUCCGUCAUGUUCUGCAAGGGUGUUGGAUUGGCGCUGAAACAAACCAUUGGCGGCAUCAACGAGUUUACUAACUGGGCCACGUGGGUGUGUCUGGUGGCCCUGAUCGCCUGUCUGCUCAUCGAGACCAUCUACAUGCAGCGAGCUCUGGACAUCUUCAAUAGCUCCGUCUUCAUGUCCAUUAAUUACGUGCUGUUCACCUCGCUCGUCAUCGUCGCCUCGUCCAUCCUCUACACGGAGCUGGCGGUGAUUGGCAUCAAGAACAUCAUACUCACUCUGCUCGGCUUCAUAGUGAACAUCGCCGCCCUGUACCUCAUGCACCUGGACCGGGAGGACAACACGCCCCCGCAGGCAGACGAGGAGGGCGACGACAACCUGGUACAGUCACAGAAGGCCAAGAUACAACUGGCAAGACCUGAGCAAGUCACUCCCCUGCUGGGCCGCGCUCCUGCCUCCCCCUUAGCGGGCCUGAACCUCCCUCACACCAUGUUCCCGACGAAGACCAAUUCGUGCAUGUCCCUCAUAAGCCAGGCGUCGUUGCCGCACCGCACGAGCGGCGACAACCACAGCGCCGCGAAGAUGCAAGACGAUGGAGAUGACGAUGGCACGUACACCCACCACCGAGGCAACUCAGACGAUAACAGGAGCAACACGGGAGGGGCAGCACCGAAUAACAAUAACAAUAAUAACAACAACAAGAACAAUAAGAACAUGAAAUCCACCUCAGGAGAACGCACCCCGGGGCACUGCAGGUCUUCCUCUGGAUAUCUUUGUGAAGUGCCUCUCCUUAACGAGCUUCACUCCUCGAGGAAGCUAUCCAGUCCAGACAGACACCUCGACAACGCCUCCCUCAGCAGUAACGGCAACAGAAGGGGAAGCUACAGCAGCAACAUGAGCAGCGCAAGUAGCAACAGCAGUGCCAGCAGUAGCAGCAGCAGAAGUGGGAAUGACAAUAGCAAUGGGAACAAUAACAACAACACCGGGAGUCAGUUAGCUGAUCCAAACACGCAGGAUGAUGAUCAGGAGUAUGACAGCUUGAGUGAUGAGCUGAAGCAGGUGUUAGCGUGAAGUGUGUGAGUGUGUGUGUGUGUGUGUGUGUGUGUGUGUGUGUGUGUGUGAAAGUGCUAUGGUGAAUCUACUACAGGAGAGGAAAGCAGUAUUAGGCAUUGCAAAAUCUCUCUCUCUCUCUCUCUCUCUCUCUCUCUCUCUCUCUCUCUCUCUCUCUCUCUCUCUCUCUCUCUCUCUCUCUCUCUCUCUCUCUCUCUCUCUCUCUCUCAGAACACUCAAGUAGUACCUUUGUAGCGCAUAAGUUCGUGACUGGAAGCAUUGCACUCUGAUUAACAUUGCAACUUCAGUUUUGUGAUUGGCGUUAUCGGUAGCUUGCCUGGAGCUUGUCGGAAACGUGGUAGUUAUUCAUGUAACCCUGUAAACAACCGUAGUCCCCUUAUAGGCACGCAACAUGGGCUUCUCCUUCAUCCAUGACCAAAGAUGUGCCGUUGUAAAGAUAGAGUUUCCAUCCACACACUUAUCAUCAUCGUCAUCACUAUAAUUGAAUCGGUAGUGUAUCUAAAACUACAUCAUAAUUCUAAUCAUCAUCAUCAUCAUCAUCAUCAUUAGAAGUGAGCAGGUGAUGUAUCAAAAGCUACAUCAUCAUAUUUAUCAUCAUCGUCAUUGUCAUCACCUCCACCACCACCGUCGUCAUCAUCAUCAUCAUCAUCAUCAUUAUCAUCAUCAUCAUCAUCAAGGUGCCCUAACUAUUUAUAUGUAAUUUAUUAGCUCGUAUAGUCUCGGCACUCCAUUAAGUAUAGGAGUGGUUUUUGUUUCUCUUUACAGUGAGAGGAGCAUCCUAAGAAUGUGUUAGCAAUAGCAAUGUAGAGAGAGAAUGAACUGACAUGGACACUUAGAGAUGAACGGUAGGGAGGGUAGAGGAGCAGAUCUUCAUAAGGGAGAGUCUUGGUGGAGAGGCUCGUGUAGAUUGUUGAGGGAUAGUUACCUCGUAUGAGCAUCGUAAAAAAACAAAACAAACAAACAAACUAACUAACAAAAAAAAAAAUACAGAGGACGAGAUAGUUAAUUAGAAGAAGGACGAGGACAGAGGACGAGACAACAGCUCACAGGCGUCAGUUUUCAUUAUGGCUUGUCCUCGUCCUUCAUACUGACGUAGACACAGCAGACGAGGCAGCAUGCAGUGAACAACGAGGAGAACGAGGAAGAAAGUGGUCGUUAUGGUCAAUAUUGAUGACCUCUCCUCGUCUGCUCUCCGUGUGUUCGCGUGUCCUCGUCUGCCUCGUCCUUACUGACACAGGCACAGCAGGUGAGGCACCGAACAAUGAAUUACGUCGAUUGAAUUCCCAGUAAGGCGCCGAUCGAUCCUGACCUGACCGAAAGGGAAGGGCGGUGGUGUGUUGUGUCUCGCGGCACCACGCGCCCUCAUCCAUACCUAACACUUCCUGUCUCCUCAAGGGCGUGGCAUGAAGCUUUGUAUAGUGCAUGAGUUAUGUAUAUAAUGUAUGCCAACAUAGAAAUAUAAUGUAUACAAUGCC